AUGUCACAGGAGCACAGUCGUGUGAAGCCCAACGCACAUCCAGAGGCGGAAGUGCGCGAGGGCGAACACUCGACCAUCCCCCAUCCACCCCCAGAAGACCGUCAUGAAAAACUACGCUACAAGCCUACGCCAGAUACUGGUUGGACUGCUCCCAUCCCCAGCCGGCAAGGCGGUGAUACUGAGCACGACUUUCUAACCAAACCACCAUACAGCUGGACGAGUGACAAGUUCGUCCCUAAAUACUUCAGUGAAUGCUGGUGCGGUAAUGUCGCCUUCGAGUUUCACGGGGAUCCUGUGGACGCGAAACACUGCCACUGUCGUCAAUGUCAGCAUCUCCAUGGCGCGCCCUUCCAAUGGGCUGUUAUCUUUCCAAAGACAUCCGUGAGGAUGAUCAAGAACGAAGACAAUAGCCUGCACUUCUUCAGUACUACUAAAAGAUCCGACGAACAUCACGUCCCCUGCAAGGUGUCGUGCGACCAGUGUCGCUCGCCUAUUUUUGACGAGGGUCGUAACACAGUCCUGGCGUAUCCAAGCUCAUUCAAGUUCGAAGAUGGCAAGGUGCCCAAGGAUUUCCACCCCACGGCACAUAUAUUCUACAAAGAACGGUGA